AAAUACUUCUGUUCCUCACUGUACAUCGUGUAACCCACCUCAAUGUGAACAUGAACCCAGCACUUUAAGCAGCACAAUAGCCAUAAUCAAACUUAACAAAUGACGUCAGUAAAACAUACCAGAGGUGGGAAGAGACGAAGUACAAAUACUUCGUUACUGUACUUACCGUAUUUUCCGCACUAUAUGGCGCACCUAAGGGCCUUAAAUUUUCUCAAAAAUCGGCCGUGCGCCUGAUAAUCCGGUGCGCCUUAUGUGUGCACUGAGUUCCAAAAUCUGUAAAAAUGUUGUUGUGCGACUUUGGUAAGCGUUCCGCUUGAUUGACUGUCGGACCAUUUCCCGCUGACACAGGGACGUAUUACGUACUGGCAGCGAUAAACCAGUCUACACCGGUCUAAGGACCCCCGAAAAUGGCACCAGUGAAGAGACGUGCUUACGAGGCACAAUUUAAACUUAAGGCUAUCAGUUAUGCGGUUGUAAAUGGGAAUAGAGCAGCUGCGAAAGAAUUCAAAAUCAGUGAAUCUAUGGUUCGGAAUUGGAGGAAGCAAGAAAAUGAACUGCGCCAAGUUAAAAAGACGAAACAGAGUUUCCGCGGGAACAAAGCGAGGUGGCCACAGUUAGAAGACCAACUUGAACAAUGGAUUAUUGAACAAAGAACAGCCGGGAGAAGCGUCUCUACAGUCACCAUUCGACUGAAGGCAACAACGAUAGCACAAGACAUGAAGAUCGAACACUUUCAAGGAGGUCCGUCUUGGUGCUUUCGUUUUAUGAAAAGGCGUCAUCUCUCCAUCCGCGCAAAGACUACCGUGGCGCAGCAACUGCCAGCGGAUUACAAAGAAAAGAUGGCCAUCAAGAUUACCGACAAAAAGAUCCAGCCCGACCACAUCACCAACAUGGACGAGGUCCCCCUCACUUUUGACAUCCCCGUGAACCAUAUUGUGGAGAAAAAGGGGACCAGCAUGGUAUCGAUACGCACCACGGGGCAUGAGAAGUCGGCUUUCACUGUUGUUCAAGGUUUGGAUCUCAACCAUGAAGAAUUCUUUGAGGAUGCUUCCUUUCUCCAAAAUGCUUCAAAUCAGAACUAUGUCCCAGAUGCAGUGUUGCCACCUGGGGAUCCAUGGCUCCAUGGCGGCCCUUCCCGAGCAGUGUUGUCCUUGCCUUCCUGCCUGUACUUGUGUGGAGAGAUUGGAUCUAGUGAGGAACAGAUGGGAGAGAUGAAGGUGUUCGCCAAGUGUCACCUUCAGCAAGGUGUCAUGUUUGGGCCCUUUGUAGGAGAAGUGUGCAGGGGACAAAUGCCGACCAGCCUCAAGUAUUCUUGGGCUAUUAGGGAUGAUGCUGCUUUCAUAUACAUUGAUGCUUCUGAUGAAAACAAAUCCAACUGGAUGAGGUAUGUAACAUAUACAAGCAGUGAGGAGGAACACAACCUAAUUGUCUUCCAGUUUUACCGUCAUAUCUACUACAGGGUUUCCCAGCCCAUCUCUGAGGGAACAGAGCUCAGGGUCUGGAUUGGCAAGGAUUAUGCCUCCCUGCUGGGCCUGGGGAUGGCUGACAAUGUGAAAUGUCAAGUUGGAGACAAGGAAACAGCUUUGCGGCUCCUGCAGGACAUCCAAUUAGUCACCCUCCCGGAACCCAGCAGCACAUCGCUUUGGUCAGACCACAGCCAAUCACAGAGCCCUAUGCUUGUCAUUAAUGAUGUGACAACAGUGUCAAAUCCAGAAGCAGCUAAUGAUUCAGGCGGGAUUUCUGGCUCUGCCUUGACCUCCACCUCCAUGAUCUCCUUGCCAUCCCCUAGCUCUCAUUCGAUGGAAAAGUAUGAUUUUAUGCCUGGAACUGAGAAACUGCUGAGUAGCCCGAACGCCACACAGAACAGCCCCUGGUACUUUUUUGGGUUUGAGCCAGACCCAACUGGUCGGCCUCUGGACCGGAGCACUGCGGUAUGUAAACUAUGUAUGGAGCAUGUGGGCUGUGCUGGAGGGGCAGCAGACCUCCAAAACCAUCUGACGAACAAGCACCACAUCAGACCACGUGACAACAACAAGGACCGAAAUGUUCCAGUAAUAGGCCAACAGCGCUUCCAGUCGAUGGUUAACAGCGGUCUGGUCAGCACACUCCCCUUGGUUUUGUCUGCUCAGCUGACUGAUGCCAUAGCCAACUUUCUCAUUGUGGAUCUCCAGCCCCCAGCUCUGGUAGAAGGGAAAGGCUUCAAACAGCUGAUCCACACCCUGCAGCCUUCCUGCAAAGAACUGCCAUUACCUUGUCAGCUCGAGAACUUCCUGAAAGAACAACAUACGAGAGGCAAGAUGAGUCUGGCUCAGCUGCUGAGGAAGAAAGCAGGAAGUGGAGAAAAUGAGGAUCUCUCUGACUACACUGCUCCCAUCGAAUCUGAGCCCAGGAGACGUGGACGACCUCCCAGCUAUCGGAGGGAAGUUCCUCACUUUGUCACUUUAAGUGUGGACGUUUGGCUCCAUAGCUGGCACAGCAGCACUGAGAGGUACCUAACCCUCUGGGCACACUACAUAGACUGUACAUUUAGUUUUCAGAAUUUGGCCCUGGCAACACAAAGACUGACAGAGAGCGGAGUGAAAGAUUUCAGCUUCCAAGCAGUGGAGGCUCAAGUGAAAAUGAUGGCACAGGAGUGGGGAAUCUCCCAGCCCAAUCUGGUCCUGUUGGGCGGGGAGGCAAGGAACAAGAUGAGGCUGGGAUUGAUACAAAGUGAGAAAGGCGGAGAGGCUGCAGCAAGCAUCUCUCACCCAAACUCAACAACAUUUCUUGAGAAGGAUGACUCUCUGUUACCUGAUGAACCGCGUGCCUCAGAGCACUGCCAUUUUAGCGAAGGCCUACCAUCUGUCCCAUGUUUCUUCAGCGCUGUGCAGGGCUGCAUUGAUGAAGUGAUGUCACACACCAUAAUUUCCAAAACUCUCACUCACUUCCAGGGUAUUCUCUCAACCCUGUUCCUGUCACUUGCUCAGAACAAAGGCUCAUAUCUGCAUCAUGCCCAGACCCUGUUGCAGAUGCUGACCAAAGAAGAACAGGCAGAGCUGAAGUCGUGGGCUCAUAGCCGGCCAACCUGGAAUAAGCUGUACCCUCUACUGAGCAUGCUCAUCAAACAUAAAAGCCUUCUUUGUGAUAUAAUAAAAGAAAUUAAAGGGGAGGGUUUGCCUAAAGAAGAAAUGGCUUCAGAAUCCAGUUCAUCUGGCAGCUGCCACGCAAACUCCACCUCCAACACAUCCUCAACAAGCACCACCACUUUGCGCUCUGAAUGGAAGGUCCUCGAGGACCUGUGUUUGGUCCUCAAACCUCUGGAUGUGGCUUGUCGAACCCUCGCCUCGAGGCCCUGGGAUUCGUCAUCUGUCCUGAAGGAGGUGAAGAGGAUGAUGAGGCGGAACUUGGCGAGCUGUUACAAUAGUCCUUUUGUCAACAGGGUUUUGUGUGUGGCGUGUUCCCUUGACCCCCAGUUCCAUGGGCUAGGAUUCAUGGAUGAGAAGGAGCAAACAGCCACUUUUGAUUGGCUGAAGAAAGAAGCUGUCAGGAUUGUGAAGGAGGACAGGAGGAGGAGCCAAGGUCAGAAGCAGAACCGGAGUAAGAGGAGCCCCUCACCCGGGUCACCAGAAUCAGAGACUGAAUUCCUGCGGAGGAGCAAACGCCUCAAAGAAUCACGCCCAAUCAACUUCAGAGAGAUAGAAGACGAAGAUGAAGAAAGUGAUGUAGGAGAGGUUGAUGAGAAUGAGUCGACAGAUCCAGGCUCUCAGUGUGGGCUCACUGGUAUGGAGUUCCUGCUGGGAGACCUGUUCUGCUCUGGCCCUCGGAGCAGACAGAGCUCUGUGGAGGAGUCUGUAGACAUGGAGAUGUCGGUCUUCAGAGCUGACAAAGGGGCUUCCCUGGGAGUGGAGCCCCUGCAGUGGUGGAGGACAAAGGCAGUGCAGUUUCCAUUGUUGGCCACAGUGGCACGAGCCUACUUGGCUGCCCCUGCCGUGGCAGGUAAUGCAGCACAGGACUUUGUACAGGAAGGAGCAGGAGCCACUCACCGUAAGAGAGCCAACAUUCCACCGGAAAAUUUGGACGCCAUCUUGUUUCUGCACCACAACAAUAUGCCCAGUACUGAGAACGGACAAACAGCAGUUAGGAAUGAUGAGAAGAACAGUGGGACUGAGAAGAUCCCAUAA